AAGAGUUAGUAGGGGCUGGGCUGUGGGGUGUUGGUUCAAGCCGUGAAGCUUUCUCAUACAGAUGAAAUCAGCGCAGAGAGGGAUAUUUUACAGUAGGAAUACCGUGUAGGCAGCACUGCACAUCACUGGUUGGCAUUGGGAUCUUUCUUGUUGUGGAGAACAGGAUCAGAAGCAGCAAAUGUUUCCGGUCAGGCAGCCUUGGCUUUGCAAAGCCUUAGGUUGUUAUGAUUGCUGUAUCCGGUGCAUUGGGGCAGUGCCCUAUCCAUCCUUGGUGGCCACCUUGCUGUGCUAUGCUGGCAUGGCAUUGUUUUGUGGCUGUGGGCACGAAGCACUGGCCAAUACCGAAGUCCUCGUCGAGACUUACUUCGCCCGCAAUGUUCAGGACUAUGUGGUCAUGGCCUCAUUUAUCAAGUACUUCCAGUAUGUUAUCUAUGGCCUGGCUUCAUUUUUCUUCCUCUAUGGCAUUCUGCUUCUUGCUGAGGGUUUCUACGCCACCAGCGCAGUCAAACAGACUUUUGGUGAAUUCAGGAGCACCCAGUGUGGCCGCUGCCUCAGCCUAACGUUUGUUAUAGUGACGUACAUAUUGGCCUUUAUCUGGCUGGCAGUGUUUGCCUUUACUGCUAUCCCAGUCUACUUCUUGUUCAACAUGGAGCAGACCUGUCACACCAUCAACAUCCUGGCUGAAACAACACCCAGCAUUAAUCAGCAUGGUUGGAUUUGCAUGGACGCCAGGCAGUAUGGUCUGCUUCCUUGGAAUGCAAUGCCGGGCAAAUCAUGUGGAAUGACCUUGGCAUCUAUUUGCAAAACCAGUGAAUUCUAUGUCACCUAUGACUUGUACAUAGCUGCAUUUGCUGGAGCUGGGAUCACUCUUCUAGCACUGUUUCUGUAUCUGAUUGCCACCACCUACAACUACGCAGUCUUGCGGUUUCUGGGCAGGAAAGGAAUUCGUUAACUACAUCGCCAACCCCAACAUCUGGCUAUGAUGGACAGUCAGCACAUGCAACACUGAUUUCCAUUCAUCCUCUGUGACACAACCAUUUCCAAACAUGGAUCACCUGCUAUAUUCCUUUAAACAUGCCCAAUAACAGACAAAGGUUUCUCAUAAGUGUUUUGUAUGAACAACAGAGAGAGAUGAAGGUAAUUUACUUCCAGCAUCAAACCCCCAGCCUUCUCGUCAAAGCCUCCUCUCAGAUGAUUCUCUUAGUGCUGUUGUUCACUUUCCUCCCAUAGGUUGUAUCUCUCAUUUUAUCAUCCUUGUGAAGCUUCUUCAGCGCUGAUUUUGUUCUCAGACUGCGAUGUAUGACAUUUCAUGAAUAAUUAAGAGCCAUGACAGCACGCCUUGCAAAUUAUAACUGCAUGCAUUCUGUUCAGUGUUUACUGAUGCAUAUAUUGGUUCUCAAUGUGAUUAUGGUGCUGCUUCAUUAUCACCAUCUUGUGUAUCAACACUGUGUGAACUAAAGGAAGUGAAGCUGAAUGUACCAAAGUUUUCUGCGAGAGUUUGGAGUAAUUACUGUGUCACUUACAAUGAUGUUACUCUAGUAUGUUGUGCAUUUACUCAUGCUGCAUUUUGCUUUGUUUAAAUACCACUGUGUGGAGGGAAAACAAAGAUUUGUAUCCAUUUUCCUGGAAGUGUUUCAGUUACUUCUAAAAAUAAGCUGCAUUGUGUUGCUGACUUGUUAAUUCUUCUAAUAGUAACUUGCUUCUGGAUGACUCAUGUUUAUUGUGUAAACGCCGCUAUUUAAUGAGCUGGGUUGUGUUGUGUGAGCCCAUUUAAUUAAGGCUGAAUAAAACAUUUAAUUUCA